UUUUUUUCGUCCGUCGUCCAUGGGGGCGUCGUUGUCGGCGAACUCGAACCUCACCGACGCCGCGUGCGCCUCCCCUCCAGCCUGAACAAUCACCUCGGCGAGCUCCUCCGCCGGGGGACGGGGUCGGACGUCACGCUCGUGGUGUCCGGCGAGUGCUUCCCGGCGCACAAGGCCGUCCUCGCGUCGAGGUCGCGGGUGUUCAUGGCCCAGUUCUUCGGCCACAUGAUGGAGAAGCGCUCGCAGCGCGUCGAGAUCACGGACAUGGAGGCGGCAGUGUUCAGGGCCAUGCUUGGCUUCAUCUACACCGACAUGGUGCCAGAGCUUGAUCACCAGAAUGACGGCGUCAACAUCGCGCAGCAUCUGCUCGCGGCCGCGGACAAGUACGAUCUCGACGGGCUCAAGUCCAUGUGCGAAGAAAAGCUCAGCAAUGGCGGCACCACCGUGGAGACGGCGGCGGCGACUCUGGCGCUGGCGGAGCAGCAUGGCUGCCGGCGGCUCAAGGCCAAGUGCCUGGAGCUCAUCGCCGCGAACCUCGAUGCAGUCAUGGCGACCGAGGGGUACAAGCAUCUCAUGGCGAGCUCGCCGCUUGCGAUGAAUGAUCUUCUCAGGGCUGUGCGUGGAAGAAAGAACUGAUCAAGAAUCUUGGUGAUGCUUGCGUUCUUGUCCGUGAAUCGGUUGUGUUACUGUUUCUUGUACAUGUAUAUAUGUUGUCAAUCGUUAUUACGGUGUGCUUGUUGUAUUUGAGUAUUUGCUGAACUUUUAAAUGAUACAGCCAUUAUAUGGUUUCAUAGUAAUUUUAUUAUUGAA